UAAGAAGUAUAGGAGGUAGAUAACUAGUUGGUGUGGCGAAACCGCGUCGUUGCGAAUUGCCGUUCUGAAAGCCCCUAUCUUGUUCAUGCCUAUCAUAUUAGGCUACUCGAUAUUGGAUUAUAAUUCAAUAUCCCUUAGGUAUAUCAAAAAGCUAGCCGAUUGUCAUUGCCUCAUAUCUUAGCUUUCUUUAUUUCGAACAACCUUAAACACACGCCCACCUGAUGUCCAUUGCCGCUGGGUAUGCUUUGAAGAUACAUAAAGCCACCAACUCGUAUAACUGAGUCACCGAUGAAUGACAUGCUGCCUACCUAACCUAUUAACGGCCUGAUCAAGAUCAAAUUCUGCACUCCUAUCCUUCUGUCCGGGCCUGGAACGUGUACCGAAGCCGCGACGACACACCAUCGUAUCUUAAAUUGAGUCACGAUACGCCGUUUCAUCCCUCGGGCUGGAAAGAUAUUCCCUCGAAACUACACCGAGCAUCGCGGGAACGAAUAACAGUAGCCUAAGUAAGGCAACUAACUUCAUCAAAUGAUCGAAACCCGCUUGACCCCCAGAGUAGGUAGAAACAAGAGACGGCAGGGAUACGGGAUCGAGAACCGGCUUGCUCCGCGACGGAACAUAGCGAUCGUGGUGACUCGUAGCUCAUGCGCUACCUAGGUAUCUCAGCCGUAUGACGGCAUGGUGUUCGCCGGACGCCUCCUUGUGUUACCCCUUUCACCACGUUUCCAUACCCAAUCAAGCCGCACUCGACGCUCGGUGCAAGUCUGCCUCGCCAGGCACCUGCCUAGGUACCUAUUAUCUCCUCCUGUGCGAGGGUGCCUCACGAGUCGUGCCGUACCUCUUCUUUACUUACUUACUUACUUACUUACUUACCGAACACAGGCAGCAACAGAAAUAUACACAAGAAGUCGUACAAUCCAGCCCCCAGAUCAAAACUCGGAAACCCACGUGCGGGCGAAGCUGUCACUGGUUCAUUACUCAACGAUGACAGAUCAGAGGGAAACAAAAGGAUCUCAACCGCGUGGCUGUGGCCAGCGGCAUGGCGUCCGACGGGCCGAUAGUUGGGUGGGAAUGUGGUACGUAGUCCCUAAGCGGCCAAUGGAAAACCGGGAUCGAGUCGCUAUGUCUGUGUCUGUUUUAAAAUGGUCCAUGUCGUUACUGUAUCACAUGACCAUCUUGUACUUCCUCAUCGUCUUCUUCUCCUCGUAUAAUACCUAUGUAUACCCAGCUCCCGAGUUGCGUAUUUGCAUCCGUUGUGGCUUGAAGCUAUACGACGUAUCGUGAAUCUUGGACCGGGCUGGUUGAUCAGCAUCGGAAUCUCCCGAGUUGUCCUCGUGGAGGCCAUUUUUUGCAUAGGUGACUGUCGGGUUCGGACCUAAGAUAAAUUACUAGCUGAAAUACUACAUAUACAGCUGCUAAAGACCCUUCUUAAAAGCCUUGGUAUAUCCCGACUUUUGUCAAUUUUAAUAUAUGGUAGGCAAGUAACGUGGUAAUUAACUCACGAGGCAAACGGUCUUUAAAGGUCCAGCCAGGCGCUUGGACCCUGUGGUAGGAAUUGACAUGUCGCUUUUUACAACGCCGUUUCGAGUCACUUAGGUAUUUCCAGACGAGAGGUAGCUUUUGUUUCCAAGGAAGCGGGC